UGUGUUGCGGAGAGCAGGGCAUUCCCAGCGGGUAUAUGGAUGUUGCUCCACCAUCAGUUCAUCAGCAUCGCAUCUCUCCUGCAGUCAAUACCGGGGCAUCUUUUCGCUUUCUAAAGCAAAAGUGUAAACAGCUUUAUUUUUUUAAUGCCUUUGUUUUGGAAUUGUUUACCCGGUGAUCGUGUUGAAAGGGCCGGGUUGAGUGACUCGGCCAUUGUCUGUGUAUUUGUGUGUGUGGACGGGAGGCAAAUCCAUGGGGAACGUACCUUCGACCAUCAAAGAAUGUCUGAGUACCGGGGUCAACAUGGACUCGCUCUCCAUUGGAGACACUCCCUUCCCAUUCGGGCAACAGAACAAUGUUAUACCAGCUCUUCCUGAAUUUGUAAAGAUCGUUGAGGUUGGACCUAGGGAUGGUCUCCAGAAUGAGAAGGUGAUUGUACCUACAGAAAUAAAAAUCAAGUUGAUUGACCUUCUAUCAGAAACAGGAUUAUCUGUCAUUGAAACCACCAGUUUUGUACCUCCAAAAUGGAUGCCCCAGUUGGCAGAUCACACAGAAGUCAUGCGAGGAAUAAAGAAAUUCCCACAAGUACGCUAUCCUGUAUUAACACCAAAUCUCCAUGGCUUUCGUGAUGCAAUUGCAGCAGGAGCAAAAGAAGUAGCCAUUUUUGGAGCAGCCUCUGAAACGUUCAGUCAGGUGAACACUAAUUGUUCUAUUGAGGAAGGUAUACAGCGGUUUGAGGAGGUUCUCAGUUCUGCAAAAGAUAGCAACAUUCCAGUUCGGGGGUAUGUGUCCUGCGCAGUAACAUGUCCUUAUGAAGGAAGCAUUGCACCAGCUAAGGUUGCGGAGGUGGCUAAAAGAAUGUACAGUUUGGGCUGCUAUGAGAUAUCCCUGGGAGACACAACUGGUGUAGGAACUCCUGGAAAUGUGAAGAAAGUGUUGGAAGCAGUGAUGAAAGAAAUCCCUAAAAGUGCCCUUGCCGUUCAUUGCCAUGAUACAUAUGGCCAGGCUCUCGCUAACGUCUUUGUAGCAUUACAGAUGGGGAUCAAUGUCGUGGAUUGCUCUGUCGCUGGACUUGGUGGUUGCCCAUAUGCCAGUGGAGCUUCUGGAAAUGUCUCAACAGAAGAUGUUGUGUACAUGCUGAGUGGCUUGGGUAUUCAGACGGGAAUAGAUUUAUACAAGUUAAUGGAAGCUGGUCACUUUAUCUGCAAUGCACUGAACAGGAAGACCAACUCAAAAGUAGCUCAAGCAUGUUUCAAGCCAUGAUAUGGAUCCGUGAUAUGGAGCUCAGUAGACAUUCCUUGCUGCGAAUACUGAAGCCAUAAUAUUUAAUGUGAUUAUUAAAUUCAAAGUUGCACUGAAGCACUUGAAAUAAUGUUACGUGCCAUGGUAGGAUACCUCAUGCUCUGCAUUUGUGCAAACACUGUCAGAUGAAUUGUGAGUGAAUGAACCACUUCUAUUUAAUGCCAGCAGUAAACUAUCUGUUGUGAGACAGCAUUCUUGUGCCAGUCAAGCUUAUCAAAGGACAACGACAGAGUCUGAAACGCAAGAAACAAAGUUUGAAAAUUCUGUCUCCUCCAACUCAAUCACUCCUCACCUAAAUAGGCUUUCUUUCACCAAGAUAAACAAUAACAUGUUACAUUCCAUUUAUUCAUCAUCUUUGUAGGGACAAACAAACAACCACACAGAUACCACUCACUAUCUUCAUGGUCCGAUCUGAGUUUUAACACUAUGUCAACCUUCUUGGUCCGCAGGGUUUUGGAUUGAAACAAUAUUAGAUACAGAAUGAAGUGAUGCAGCAAAUAUUGGCUUCAAAAUUAAACUCUGGGAAUAUCAUGGUCAAUCAUCAAGAUUUCACCCCACGUGUGAAGACUGACUGGAUAGAAACUAAAAUCAAAUGUUCUGAGAACUGGGCUUCAUCAAUAUGUGCCACAUUUUUAAUGAAAGGUUUUGCGUCAGAGCCUCCUGUACUUUUUACGUCACAGUAGAUUUCAAGUUAACAUCCCCUUGGAGUUGUUUUCUAUGUACAUUUUAUUUAGGUUUCAGGAAAUUUCUUAACUAAAAGUCUUUACUAAAAGAGCUAGUUUAAAAAUAUAGAAUCCUUUGUUCCAAAUCAAACAUCAUUGGGCAUGCUGGAGGAGAACCUCUAGAGUAGAGGCUGGGCCGAUAAUGUCAUCUUUAUUAGGAGCCAACUUGGGA